AUUACUUUCCUGUAAAAUAUUUAUUUCAAAGGGUAAAUAAUCCAUUUGUAAGUAGAUAUUCACUCAACGCAGAAGUAGAAUUACAUGUAUAUUAAUAGCCAGUGUUUGCUGUAAAAAUUUUAAGAGUGUUUAUUAUAUUUUUUGUUCAUCAAUUGAAGUCAACCAUACUCGUAUGUACCUUAUAUGAUUGCCCUAGUGUUGAAAUACUCCCCGUGUAGAGUUCUUCUAUCAGACGGUGGGUCAUCUUCCGCACACAGGUGUGAUCUGUUAAAACAAUCACAGCUUUUAUCAACGCUUUGUAAACAUGGGCAACAGAUAAUCCUUUUCUGGUCAUUUGAAAACCAUCACUUAAACUUGGGGCAUCCUAUAUACAGGGCCAUAUACGAUUCAGUCGCUUAAGAUCGGGUUGGAUGCGUAUUUUGCUGCUGUUUUAAUUUCAGUUGGAUUGCUAUCCAUUUAUAAGCAUGCUGAGCGCUAAAGCUAAAGCGUUUAGCAUAGAUUGUCUAUUGGCACCAGGACCAAAUAGAAGUCAGGAAACUAUAGCAGUAGAUACCGAGAGACAUCGCUAUGAUCUUGGGAUAUGUCAUCAAGACAAUCCGACUAAAAAACAUGCCAUCAGAAAGUGUUUCCAUCAGUCCAUUCAAUCAGUCACAGAUGACACGUCGGAAAAUACCAUUCAAGUAGAGCUUUGUCAGAAUGAAUUAUGGCAUGCCUUCCACAACCUAGGGACUGAAAUGAUCAUCACAAAGACAGGAAGACGGAUGUUCCCAGCAAUAAGAGUGAAGCUUCAUGGACUAGAUCCCGGUUAUAAAUACUCUGUAUCCUUAGAAUUCUCACAGAUGGAUAAGCAGAAAUACCGCUAUGUCUACCACAGUUCCAAAUGGAUGGUGUCUGGAUUGGGGGACGAGAUGAUACGAGACCAAAUCUAUCGACACCCCGACUCACCGGCAGAUGGCGCUGUUCUUGAGUCUCAAAUAGUGUCCUUUGAGAGGAUUAAACUCACCAACAACGACUCUCCUAAAUAUGGACAGAUUUCUUUGCUGUCUAUGCAACGCUUUGUUCCCAGAAUCCAUGUUCAUCAGAUAUCGGGAGAUGGAAUAAAAGUUCGUCACUUCGUGGCUUCAUUUCCGCAGACGUCUUUCACUGCCGUCACUGCCUACCAAAAUCAAGAGAUAACCAAACUGAAGAUAGCCAGAAACCCGUUUGCCAAGGGCUUUCGCGAGGCCGGGAAAAACAGAAGUUCACUGGAAGCAAUGUUAGAUACCUUUGCUGUGCACGGAGCCAGACCCCGGUGUAAUCCUUCGCCUCCAAAACGACAGCAUUUAGGAUCCCAUGAAGAAAAGGCUGAAGGUCUCACAUUAUUUUUAUCUGGAAAAGAAAUGAGACUAUUCGCGAACGGAUGGAACAAUUCAAGUCCGAAUACUGUGACGUCAGACCACACAAUAAAGUACCCGUACCUUCUUCAAAUCCAAAGACCGCCUUCUCAAAGAGGUGCUCAGAACAAUUGCGUAAACUGUGACCUUGGUUCACCUCUUAAUAGUCCUUCUAGGGAAGAGCAGCUUGUUCAAGCCCCCGUCUGUGCUGACCGUCCGCAGUCAUUGUGUAUCCCGGAUGUUCCACUUUGGGGGUCAACGACGCCCGUGCCAAUAUCCCCUUCCUUUGACUAUAAUGCGCCCAAUGUGUCCUCGCACCUGCUGCAAAUGUUUAGAUAUUCCUUAAAUAAAUGAUAUGUGUAUCAGAAUUCA